AUGAUUUAUUUUCAGUAAUCAUGUUUAGAAGAAAAAAAGUAGGAUAUGGUGAAGAAUUAAGCAUCCCUCCUAAGUCCUUAAUAGCUGGAAGAUACUUUAGAACGCAUAAAGGAAGUAUAUAAAUAGAUUAUAAAAAGUGUCGAGAAGAAUUUAUGGCUUCAUUGCAAGAAUACUUAACAAUUAGACUGUCUAGUGAUGAUUAAGAACCUUGUGAGGAGGUAUAUUGAUCUAAUGAUCAGAGUAGGUGAUCUAAAUCAUCAAAAACCUAUGUACCAAACUUGUAGAUAAACCUCUCUGGAAUUUUAAGGAAUUAGUUGCUGAGCUUGAAUUGCAGCUGGAGAGACACAUAGGUAUUUGUUGAGUUUAAAGUAUGAAUUUUUUUAGACGAUUAUAUCGUGUUUAAUUAAGUCAAAUAAUUGAUUUCCAGUUUGAAUGCCCAAUACUCAAACAAGUUUAAUUAAAUAAGUUCUUGUUAUUUAAAGAGUAUAAAAAGUGAAAAGGCCAUCCCGAAGCAACAAAUAAAGAGAAUUUGUCACUAUGAUGAAGGUAAAUGUAAGCCCAAUAAUGAAAGUUUAGGAAUUGAUACCAAAUGCACAGGAUAGAGUGGAGGAAAUAAACUAACAUCUUUUAUCAUUUAUCCAGUAUAAACUUAUUAUUUCAUUUGAUUAGUCAUGACAGCCUAAUGCAAGUGGAUCCGUGGGGUUGUCCAUUCUAAUCUUCAUUUGGCGUAACUCUAACAGAUCAAGAUAUUUCAUACAAGGCCAAAAAAUUGAAUGUUGACAUAAUUUUGAUUGAUACUUUUGGAAUCAAGUAAAGCAUCUCCCAAAAGCUGUUUCUUCUGUUCCCAAACUAUGAGACAAUUUUACCCCAGUUGUCAUCUUCGAUCAAUAUCAACAAGGGUAAUUUAUAGCAAGUAAUGUCGAAUUUAUUUUCGAUAGGCUUUAUCAAACAUUUAUGAUGUAUCCCAUGUCCUUGUGGAUUGGCCUAACAUACUCACAUUGAAGGGGAAAGGAGUGUUAUGCUGUAACUUCGAUGGAUUUGUGAGCAAUGAAUUUAUCAGCUUUUAUUUUGGAGAAGUGUACACUCCUCAGAGAUGGUUUGAGAAGUAGACAGUUUUCAAUAAGAGAAUGUAGGAUGGAAAUAGAAAGUCGUGUUUCUAAAGUCCAUAUGCAGAAUUCCUCAUCAAUGACAAUCUCUUAGUAAAAAAGUUAAAUAUAAAAAAAGUUUAUUGAUCCAACUAGGUAUGGAAAUAUAGCAUUACACAUCUCAUAUUCUUGUGAUCCAAAUUGUAAAUUGGUAACUGUUUAAAUCAAUUCUUCCUAUUAACUUGCUAUUUUUACAUUGAAAAAAAUUAAUUAUCUAGAGGAGUUGACUCUCCCCUUCCCAUCGACAUCAAAUGACUUGUGUUUGUGCGGGUCCAUCUACUGCAAAAGACUCUCGCAAUUAGAAGCAUUCAAUAAUCGACUAACUCAAAAUUACCCUAAUUAUAUUCAAAGAAAUGCCUUACUAUUAUAAUCAACUAUUUGUGGAAAAAUCAACAAUUAAACUGCAAUUCCUGAUUGGUUGAGCAAUUGGGAGAAAUUAAACUCAAACUAAGAUCAAAUCAAUAUCCUGACAUGUGUAGAUAAAGUUAAAUUCGUACUUAAUACUUUGAAUGUGAACACUCCGCCAUUAUAUCUUGUUUUUGAUACCUUCGAAAUAUUUUGGAAGAAUUCCGACAAUAACAAACCUAAGAAUGAACUUAAAUAAUCUAUUUUCAAUGAAGUCAAAACCAUGUUGAUGAGACAUUCAGACAGGAAAGAAUGUCAAGAAGGAUUGGAAAUCAUACAAUUAAUGAAAUCAAUUAUAGAAAGUAAAGAUAAAUAUAAAAUGUAAUUGACAAGACUCCUAUUGCUUGUCUUAAGCGAACUGUUGUUGAAGAUGGACUCAGCUCCAUUUCAUAACGAAGGUUUGUCUACAAUUUUAUAUUUUAUGUCAUUCACUCAUACAUACUUCUCAUCAACGUAAUAUGAGGGAUUCAUUGGCAAACCUUACGAAGAAAAUGAAUUUUAAUACAUCCCAUAACCAAAAAAUAAGUAGAAAUUAACCUUGUCCAAAAUGUACACUCCAUAAUACAUUUGGGGUCAAUUAAUUAAUUGGAAUAAGCAAACUCUUCAAAAUCCUUAAUCUUCAAUGGCUCAAGAAAGAAGAGGAGUCCUAUGUUAUCCUUCUUUAAUAUUGUCCUUUGACAAUAAGCAUAAACUAUUUCCAUAUUAGUGCAAAACAAGGGAAAAAUAUCUAGAAUACUUUUACACUAAAAGUGAUAUCCAACCUGAUCUAUCUAUUUGGUCAUACAAAAAUUAGUAUAAGUAUAUCAUUCAAAUUAAUUAAUUUAGUAUCUAUGGAACAAUAUUUUUCGAAUAAUGCUUUUCAUAAUAAAUAGUGGGAGAACAAUUCAUAGCUGAGAUUUCAAAAUGUGGUCAGGGAUCCUUCGUAAACAAGUUUAAAUUUUGGUUAUCAAUCGAAAGUAGAUUCAAUCAGGAUAAUCAAAUGAUAGAAUACUUAAAUUUCAUCUAUGAAAAGUAAUUGUAUCUCUAAUGAAAUUAGAUAUUUUGUAAAUAUCGACAAUUAAUUAAGUAAAUUCAAUUCUAAUUCUGAAUGCACAGAGUAAAUAACCAAAAAGAUAAAAUAAAAUAAUCACUCAACAAUUAUUGAGGAAACUUAAUAAGGAUAAUUUUGA